AUAUUUCAAUUAAUUCAACCCAUUUGUCAAAACGUGAAACCGGCAGGCUACCAACAAGCUGAUCCCGUAGAAUUGAUACCACGAAACAACGGCGACUCCUUUGAGCCUCGGCGGGAUGCCGGAAUUCUCAACCCCAGACUCGAAUCCAAUGCAGGUCUACAGCAGUUAGCAUCAGAGCAAUCAAAGGGCCAGAUUUACCGUUUGCCAGGUUUUCAUAACAUUCAACGGCAAAAUCAGCAACAAGCCAAUCUAGCCUAUCAUGCGACAGGUCAAAAGACGCAUCUUCUUGCCUCAUUUCAGACAAAUGAAGAGACUUUCAAUCCGGCCUUCUACACCGCCUCUGAUGCUUCCGCAUUGGUUGUACAUUCUCCUUCAACGACAACACAUGGCGUAUUCGCUUAUCACGGCUCUGUAGAUGAGCCAUUUUCGUCUUCUUUCUCUUCUUGUCCAGCCAUGAAUCAACGAUCUUGUGUAAAUACCGGCCAGCCAACCGGCACCCUCUUGCCGCUCCUCGUCACAUCCACUGCCUCCUCGCCUCCAGACUCCAGUGAACAAUUUCUCAGAAUUCUCCCCUCCACUGGACUGCAGCAAAGUAAUCAUCUACACCCUUCCAAUAUUCAUUCUUCCCACUUUCCCCACCAACAACUCCCUUCAGCUUCGUCAUCUCAAGCAUCCAUAUUGGUAGGUUCAAUGCCCAAUAAGCCGAAUGCCAUUGUAGCCAUGCUAUCCGGAUACGGCAGCGAUGUGGAAAGACCUGGCGAGGAAAGGGGGGAAUGCGAUCGACUGACCAACCUUUUUUCAGCUUCCAGCUACCAGGGCGAGAUGCCCAUGAUAUUCCCUGUUGGGGCCACUUCAUCCGCCACUGCACUCAUGGCAACCUACCCGGGGAUAGAGUGUGUCGGUGGUGGCGCCGGGAGCUGUGGAGGUCUCCAGUUCUGUCCCGCCGGCAUGACGGUGUUGGCGGAAGACCAGAAAACGUUUAGUGGCUACGAGACAGGCUCAGAUGAGGCCACGGCGACCGGCAUCGGACCACCAAGAGAAGAUCACCGCCAAGGCAUGCCACAUUCUCUGAUGCUGCCCGGACAGGUCACUAUGGCAAUGACACCGGGAAGGCCGGAUCGCCAGGCAAGGCCAAAUUCUCUAUAUUCACCUUAG